AAAGGAGGAGCGGGGCCUGCUACCCGCCAUAAACCUGAAAGAAGAAGAAAAGGAGGAGCGGGGCCUGCUACCCGCCAUAAACCUGAAAGAAGAAGAAAAGGAGGAGCGGGGCCUGCUACCCGCCAUAAACCUGAAAGAAGAAGAAAAGGAGGAGCGGGGCCUGCUACCCGCCAUAAACCUGAAAGAAGAAGAAAAGGAGGAGCGGGGCCUGCUACCCGCCAUAAACCUGAAAGAAGAAGAAAAGGAGGAGCGGGGCCUGCUACCCGCCAUAAACCUGAAAGAAGAAGAAAAGGAGGAGCGGGGCCUGCUACCCGCCAUAAACCUGAAAGAAGAAGAAAAGGAGGAGCGGGGCCUGCUACCCGCCAUAAACCUGAAAGAAGAAGAAAAGGAGGAGCGACUUCAGCAGAAAGUUUACUCAUGUGGCGCCAAGUUUACAUUUUUUGUUUUGGAAAUGUAAAAUUUGUAGUCGGUGUGAAAUGUGCACAAUAUUGUGACUUUUUUUUGUACAGUACUAACAUUGUAAAACGUUCCAGUAAAAGUUUGACGGUGUUGGUGUGCGAUGGAGGUGGGGAAGGAGAAGAUUGUAGCCCUGGUGGAUAUGGACUGUUUUUACGUGCAGGUGGAGCAGCGCUUUAAUCCAGAUCUAAAGAAUAAACCCUGCGUCGUGGCUCAAUACAAAACCUGGAAAGGAGGAGGUAUAAUAGCAGUCAGUUAUGAAGCCAGAGCCCAUGGUGUGACUAGAAACAUGUGGGCAGAUGAUGCCAAAAAACUUUGCCCAGAUCUCCAAGUGGCGAGAGUGCAGGAGUCUCAUGGAAAAGCUGAUCUCACUCGCUAUAGGGAAGCCAGUGUGGAGGUGAUUGAGGUAAUGUCCCGAUUUGCAGUCAUUGAGAGAGCCAGCAUUGACGAAGCCUACAUGGACCUCACUGCCAGCAUUCACAAGAGACUGAAAGAACUGGAAUCUGAAAGGAUUGAUACUCAGCUGCUCAAAAACACCUAUGUUCAAGGCUUUCCUGUGUUUGGCAUUGGAGACGUGACACAAACCAAAGAUGCAUUACAGGAUAAAGAGCAGUGGAGGUUAAAUGGGCUGCAGCAGUGGCUGGACUCUAUGCCCUCCUCUCCUGAGUCGGGGAGUUUUGGGUUCUCAGAGUUGUGUUUGGCUGUCGGAGCAGUAAUUGUUGAGGAAAUGAGAGCUGCUGUAGAGAAGGACACUGGAUACCGCUGCUCUGCAGGCAUUUCUCAUAACAAGGUGUUGGCCAAGCUCGCAUGUGGUCUUAACAAACCCAAUCGACAGACUGUGCUGCCACUAGGAUCAGUUCCUGAACUAUUUAGGACGCUGCCCAUCAGUAAAAUUCGCAACCUAGGAGGGAAACUAGGUGUCUCGAUUACGGAGACACUAGGAGUUGAGAACAUGGGUGAACUCACUCAGUUCACACACUCUCAGCUCGAGGAACACUUUGGAGAAAAAACUGGGCCGUGGCUGUAUGACUUGUGCAGAGGUAUCGAAUCUGAGCCAGUAAAACCCAGGCAGCUCCCCAAAUCUAUUGGCUGUAGCAAGAACUUUCAGGGCAAAACAGCAUUGGCUACCAAGGGUCAGGUUCAGCACUGGCUGCACCAGCUUGCCCUCGAGCUGGAGGAGAGACUGAAUAAAGACAGAGAGAUGAAUGGCCGGGUGGCCAAGCAGCUGACCGUGGGGGUCCGUCAGGCAGGAGAUAAAAAGCCAAACAGUUUCUCCCGCUGCUGUGCUCUAGCUCGAUAUGAAGCCUCCAAGAUCUCCAGUGACAGCUUUGCUCUAAUUAAGAGUCUGAAUAUUGCAGGCAGUCAUCAGGAGGCAUGGUCUCCUGCCCUCACUUGUCUUCACCUGUCUGCCAGCAAGUUCAUAGAAGCCACAUCAGGGGGAAUCACCAGUUUCCUCAGCAGUGAUGUUGCUUCUACACAGUCACUUUUUACCUCCACUCAGCCGCCAUCAAAAACAGAAGCAACAACCAAGAAAGCAGGUACCAUCCAGGCUUUGUUUCUAAAGGCUGCUGAGAAGAAACAGAAAGAGGUAGAGGAAGAGCCAAGGGAUGAUGAAUCCAGCGAAUUCACUUCAUCUUGUUCUAAUUCUGUGUUGCACAUAACUGAGAACUUUUCUCACAGCACAACUAGCACAGUUCCUCAGAAAGCAGCAGCUGCAGUGGCUUCAAGUACUGGAAUUUCAUCCUUUUUUCAAAGGAAAACUUUGGAAAAACAAUCAAAAGGGCUCUCAAGUGAGGAACAUGUGAAAGAAAGCACUGAGAACACGUGUCAGAUUGACAAGACUCUGCAGGGAUCUUUACCAGAUGAAGUACCCAUCACUCAUGAGGUUCAGCAGGGUAGUACAAACUCUCUUAGCUCAUCAAGCCUUCCUGAACACAUUCCCAAAGAGGACCUGCUUAAGUGUGAACACUGUGGACAGGAAGUGUUGGUGUGGGAGAUGCCUGAACACACUGACUACCACUAUGCACUUGAUUUGCAGAAAUCUUUCUCCUCCUCUGUCACCUCCAGCUCAUCCUCUGUUUCAGUCACAUCUGAAACUCUGCAGUCCUCACGUGGAAAAAACAGAUCCAAACCUCAGGCUGGACCACAGGCAAAGAGAGCCCGGCGGAUGGAUAGCAACAUUAAGCUUGAUUCGUUCUUUAAGAAGACUUAAAUUUAAAACUGUUUUUACGCUGAACAGCAAAUGAAGCGGCAAUCAUGUUUUUACAGAAUUGAUCAUAAUGUACAGUGUUAAAUGUGAUGACGUGUGAAAGCAGAAAAUCUUACAGACAAUAAAACAGAAAAUAAAUUAUUAAAAUAAAUAAAAAUGUUUGUUUUAACAAUGAAAUUAAUAUUAUAAUACAACAUUUAAACCUUUGAACUGUAGAUGCAACAUAAAAAAAAAAUAUAUAUAUUUGAAUGUUUUUAC